AUGACAACAAACAAUCGCACGAAAAUUAUUUAUUGCACAACUUUGUUGGUCGUUGUGCUCUCGUUAAUGAUGACGGUUGGAGUGCAAGGAGCCGAUGAUUUAUUUCUCGUUGUUCGUCCAUCAUCAUCUUCCCCAAUGAAGAGAAGUUUGGAUUCAUUUUACAUGUUGCCAAAGGCUAAAAUUAAUCUUCUCGGAGGAGAUGAAGUACAUGCUCAUGUACACUAUGAUGAGACAACUAACAAGACUGGGUGGGCCUUGUUGAGUCUUACAACAAAUCCUGAUGAAACAGAUGCUGAUCAAGCUUUUGCUGCUGGUUUUGUUGAAGGUUAUGUAACUGCCAAUUUAAUGGAAACCUAUUGGCCUGGAUUUAACAAUGCAAGCUAUACUCCAAGUUUGGAUCCUCAACUCAAUCAAUUUUUGGAUGACAAUUUACGUUUCAUGAGAAGAAAAAUUGCUGAAUCUAGAAAUGGAAAUACCAAUGAAAAACUUUAUUGGACUCAUGUAGGUUUGGUUUUGGAUCAAGUUGAAGGUCUCUAUGCUGGCUAUUUAAAAAAAAUGGCUGAACAAUUCAAAACACCAACAUUGACACUUCUAGAAAUGCUCAAAUUCCAAGUAGCUGCUGACACUGAUGACUUGUAUUCCAAGUGGCAACCAACAAAUUUUGACAAUAUGAGCAAGGAAGAAAUUGAAAAAUAUACACUCCUUCACACAAGAUGCACUGCAUUCAUCAAGUAUAGUGAAGACAAGAAGAAUCUUUUCCUUACUCAUGCCACCUGGGCUCCUUAUCAAUACAUGUUGAGAAUUUACAAACAUUACAGAAUUAAUUUUAAGGAUACACCUGCCAAGUUGGUCAGCUUUUCUUCAUCACCUGGAUGGUUGGCUAGUGGUGAUGAUUUCUACAUUACUAGUGCUGGACUUAUUGUUACUGAAACAACAAACUCCAUCUAUAAUCAAACAUUGUACAAUUAUGUUACAUCAGAAACUGUAUUAUAUUGGAUGAGAAAUAUUGUUGCAAACAGAUUAGCCAACUCUGCCAAAGAAUGGACUGAACUCUUUGCCAAAUAUAAUAGUGGCACUUAUAACAAUCAAUGGAUGAUUAUUGACACUAAGAAAUUUGUACCAGGAGCUGAUAAAUCAGAUCCAGAAUUAUUCUAUAUUUUGGAACAAAUUCCAGGAGAUUGUAUGAGUGCUUCAAUGAGUCACAUUCUCGAUGAAAGAUAUUGGCCAUCAUUCAAUCUUCCUUACUUCUCAUAUAUUUUUAAUGUUAGUGGAUAUCCAGAAAAAUUGAAAAAGUAUGGAGACUUUUUCAGUUAUGACAAGUGUCCUAGAGCUAAGAUUUUCAAACGUGAUGCACCUUCAGUCAAUACCAUUGAGGAUGUCAAGAAAUUGAUCAGAUAUAAUGACUAUCAACAUGAUCCACUUUCAUUAGGAGAUGCAUGCCAUCAAAUUGCAUCCAGAUGUGAUUUGAAUCCUGGAGGCUCAGCAUUUGGUGCUAUUGAUGCUAAAGUUACUGACAUUGCCUUUGCUAGAAGAAACUUUGCUUUUGCUCAAUCUGGACCAACUCACGACCAAGAACCAGUAUUCAAGUGGAAUAAUGUUAAUAGCCCAGCUAAUCCACAUCCUGGACAACCUGUUGAAUUUGAUUUUAAUUGGGUAUCUAUGGCUCCAAUAUAUUAAUUUUAUAAUAUUGAGCUCAAGAGAGAACGAUUUGAAUUUCCCUUAUAUUAUUAGUAAUAAAUUU